CCCCCCUCUUUCCCGGGAACACUGCAGCACUUUGGGAACCUGUGACACUGACGGAUCGCUCCCUCUGUAGGCGCCGGAGCCAGCCAAAGCAUGGUUAGGGGGCCACCGAGGAAACCAAGGCAGAGCGGUCACGCUAUUUGGAUCGGAAACCUUCCUCCCCAAACCAACCUCAUGAGUCUAGUGCAUCAUGUUUGCAAGGAGACGGAGGGGCUCGAGUCGCUGUUUUUGAUUUCCAAGAGCAAUUGCGCGUUUGCCAAUUUCAAGGACGAGCAGUCCUGCGUAGCGGCGCAGCGGAAACUUCACGACUCUAGGUUCAUGACGGUCCGACUGGUGAGCAGGCUGAGGAAGAGCACUGUGGAAGGGCCAGCGGGCGUCACGGCUCCGACGGGACCGGCCGCAUCCGCGCCGAAGGUGGCGGGUACGCAAGGGGCGAGCCCCUCCGCGGGUGGUGAGGGUGACGGAGGCGAGAGGGCAGAGAGCAGCGCUCCGUCGCCUAAAUCGGCCGCAGCUCAUUCAGGCUCUCCGGCAGGCCCUCCACCUGUAGACGGAGGGGCGCCUCCCCGCAAGGAUCGUUUCUUUGUCCUCAAGAGCCUCACCGUCGAAGAUCUCGAGCUGAGUGUCCGGACCAAAACUUGGGCGACACAGUCGCACAACGAGGAGACGUUGAACACUGCAUUCAAGACUUCGGACAAUGUCUAUCUCGUAUUCUCGGCGAACAAAUCGGGCGAGUAUUUUGGCUAUGCACGCAUGGCGUCGGCCAUCAACGAAGACCCGGCGGCGGCCAUCCAGUUCGCGCCGAGCGCGCAUGCAGUGAGCGAGGUCGACCUCCCGAAGGCGAUACCGACGGAGCCAACCGAGUUCGCGCCCAGGGGCCGCAUCAUCGACGACUCGGCCCGCGGCACCAUUUUCUGGGAGGCAGAGCAUGACGACGAUGACGACGACGACGACGAUGACAACGAUGACGACAACAAGAACAAGAACAGCAACAGGGCUGGGUCUGAUGGUGGGCAGGAGGACGAAGGCUCGGGCGCCUCGGCGGGGGGAGACACGGGCAGCAUCCGGAGCGGACGGGAUAGCAGCGCAUCGGAGCCCAAGGCCUGGGGCAAGCCGUUCCGGGUCGAGUGGCUGUCAACGACUCGUCUCCCGUUCUACCGCACGAGGGGGCUCCGGAAUCCAUGGAACUCGAACCGGGAGGUGAAGAUCGCAAGAGACGGCACGGAACUCGAGCCGUCGGUCGGGAGGAGGGUGAUUGGGCUCUUCAACAAGGUACAGAGUCCCGUGCCGAACGUGCCGCCCGCCAUGGUCCCCGGUGUGGCUCCAGUGGGGAUCCGAAUGCAGGGUCCUCUACCACAGGUUGGGUAUCCGCCCUUGCGGUAAAAUGCCUUGGCUGUCUUCAUUUGUCCAAUUACCUUUAUGUUUACUUGGUUACCUUACUCCGUACUUCCUCGAUCAAAGCGGCGUUGCAACAGCGAGACAGAGCAUGGACAGGCGGCGGUAGCAUUGGUUAUGUGUUCAUAGUUCUCUCCAAUACCCCCGAGCCG